AUUUCAACAGCGUGAAAAUAUUCUCUGGGCACUUGGACUCAGUCUGUAGCCCCCAGCCUUCACCAUCCCCUGCCUCCCGCCAGCCCCCCUUUCUCUUUUUGCCUUUGAUGAGUUUUUGGCUUACUUUUUGACGGAGUCUCUUGGACACGUUUUUUGCUGGUGCUGGAAGAUCAGAUAAAUGGAACCUUUGAAAACUGAUUAUUUCUCUUCUAUGUGACUUAGAAGAAACAAAGAAGAAAAUAGUAGUGCAAGAUAAGCUAGAGGAUUUUAAAUUUUUCCUUGGUGAACUUUGAGGAUCCAUAAAGAAGAAAUGGUUCUCUGUAUUGCAAGGCUGCGAGAUCGCGAGAGUGGGACCACAUAAACUGGAACGUCUGACGCACUGAAUGAACGAAGAGACGGAAUCUAGCAUGAGAAGAUCAUCUCUUUUCAUGAGGCAGCUUUAUUUCCUGUCCUGUGCCAUCCAGGUGCAGAUCUCACUGAAUUAGCAGAAGGACUUCAUGAAAUUCAGGAGUCACUUGAAGAGCAGAGAUAACCCAUGUAGAUGAACAGAAUGGAAACUUCCUGAGACUACUCUGGAGUCUGAAUAAAUUGACUGGAUUCAAGUUUCACAAACAAGGAAACUGGUCCAUGGACAAUUUGCCAUUGGUAUAAAAUAAACAUCAUCUGCUGAAAUCCCGAGCACUUCUUUAAAUUCUUUGCGUUUUCUCAGGAGGAUCAGGACCUGUUGGAGAAAUUUUGAUAAGAUCAGGAAACAGGCUGAGAGAGAGGGGACUUCCUCAGAGUUACUCAGCUAGUCAGUGACAGACAACAGUGGAACUUGGGAUUGGCAAACACGUUGCCUGUUUACAGCAUAGAGACCACAAUGGAGAGCUAGACUAUUUGAACUCCAGAAGGACCAACACCAGAUAAAUUAUGAAUGUUGAACAAGAUGACCUUACAUCCACAGCAGAUAAUGAUAGGUCCUAGGUUUAACAGGGCCCUAUUCGACCCCCUGCUUGUGGUGCUGCUGGCUCUUCAACUUCUUGUGGUGGCUGGUCUGGUGCGGGCUCAAACCUGCCCUUCCGUCUGCUCCUGCAGCAACCAGUUCAGCAAGGUGAUUUGCGUCCGGAAAAACCUACGUGAGGUUCCAGAUGGCAUCUCCACCAACACUCGACUGCUGAACCUCCAUGAGAACCAAAUCCAGAUCAUUAAAGUGAAUAGCUUCAAGCACUUGAGGCAUCUGGAAAUCCUACAAUUGAGUAGGAAUCAUAUUAGAACAAUUGAAAUCGGGGCCUUCAAUGGUCUGGCAAACCUCAAUACUCUGGAACUCUUUGACAAUCGUCUUACCACCAUCCCAAAUGGAGCUUUUGUAUAUUUGUCUAAACUGAAGGAGCUCUGGUUGAGAAACAACCCCAUUGAAAGCAUUCCUUCUUAUGCUUUUAACAGAAUCCCUUCGUUGCGCCGACUAGACUUAGGGGAAUUGAAAAGGCUUUCAUACAUCUCAGAAGGUGCCUUUGAAGGUCUGUCCAACUUGAGGUAUUUGAACCUUGCCAUGUGCAACCUCCGUGAAAUCCCUAACCUUACACCUCUCAUAAAACUAGAUGAGCUGGAUCUUUCUGGGAAUCACUUGUCAGCCAUCAGGCCUGGCUCUUUCCAGGGACUGAUGCACCUUCAAAAACUGUGGAUGAUACAGUCCCAGAUUCAAGUGAUUGAACGGAAUGCCUUUGAUAACCUUCAGUCACUAGUGGAGAUAAACCUGGCACACAACAAUCUAACAUUACUGCCUCAUGACCUCUUCACACCGUUGCAUCAUCUAGAGCGGAUACACUUACAUCACAACCCUUGGAACUGUAACUGUGACAUACUUUGGCUCAGCUGGUGGAUAAAAGACAUGGCCCCCUCCAACACAGCUUGUUGUGCUCGAUGUAAUACCCCUCCCAAUCUGAAGGGGAGGUACAUUGGGGAGCUUGACCAGAAUUAUUUCACAUGCUAUGCUCCUGUGAUUGUGGAGCCCCCAGCAGACCUCAAUGUCACUGAGGGCAUGGCAGCUGAACUGAAAUGUCGGGCCUCCACAUCCCUGACCUCUGUAUCUUGGAUUACUCCAAAUGGAACGGUCAUGACACAUGGGGCAUACAAAGUGAGGAUAGCUGUGCUCAGUGAUGGCACAUUAAAUUUCACGAAUGUAACCGUGCAAGAUACAGGCAUGUACACAUGUAUGGUGAGUAAUUCUGUUGGAAAUACCACUGCUUCAGCCACCCUGAAUGUUACUGCAGCAACCACUACUCCCUUCUCUUACUUUUCAACCGUCACAGUAGAGACUAUGGAACCUUCUCAGGAUGAGGCACGGACCACAGAUAACAACGUGGGCCCCACUCCAGUGAUCGACUGGGAGACCACCAAUGUGACCACUUCUCUCACGCCACAGAGCACAAGGUCAACAGAAAAAACAUUCACCAUCCCGGUGACCGAUAUAAACAGUGGGAUCCCAGGAAUUGAUGAAGUCAUGAAGACCACGAAAAUCAUAAUUGGCUGUUUUGUGGCCAUCACUCUCAUGGCUGCAGUGAUGCUGGUCAUUUUCUACAAGAUGAGGAAGCAGCACCAUCGGCAAAACCAUCACGCCCCUACAAGGACUGUUGAAAUCAUUAAUGUCGAUGAUGAGAUUACAGGAGACACACCCAUGGAAAGCCACCUGCCCAUGCCUGCUAUCGAGCAUGAGCACCUAAAUCACUAUAACUCUUACAAAUCUCCCUUCAACCACACAACAACAGUUAACACAAUAAAUUCAAUACACAGUUCAGUGCAUGAACCGUUAUUGAUCCGAAUGAACUCUAAAGACAAUGUACAAGAGACUCAAAUCUAAAACAUUUACAGAGUUACAGAAAAACAAUAAAAAAAAAGACAGUUUAUUAAAAAUGACACAAA